AUGGUAGAAAUAAGAGAAAGAGAACAAUUAACUGAGCCUAAAAUAAGCAUUACGUCGGAAGUCCGAAUAAUUAGUUGUCAAGUAGUUAAAGACAAAUUAAUAACGCAAUUAGACGAUGGGAGAAAGGUUAUUAUCGCUAUUAAUUUGCUAACUAAAUGGGGGGUAUUAGAUAAAGAAGUUAAACCUGAGCAAUUAAAAAGUCCGGAAUUGCACAGCGAAGGAAGAUAUGUUUAUUUCCCAAAAAUAGAUGAUACUUUACCAGUUAGGGCUCUUUUGGCCGACGGACGAGAGAUAAGCAUUCCGACUAGUUGGCUUACCGAGCAAUCAGUCCCUUUAACUAAAUUACAAAAAUAUGAAAUUUGA